AUGUUCUUCUUCAAAGGGAAGAAGAUUGCUGGAAAGAUUGAACAGACUUUGGUAACUGAAACCGAAGAAAAGGACAUAGACUGGAUAACGGAAGACGAAGACGACUUGACUCGCAGAACAGUAGAUGACAGGAUAGAACAAGAAGAAGAGGACAGAAAAGAACUGGAAGAAGACGACGUGAGAAAACUGGAAGAAGAGGUCAGCAAAGAACUGGAAGAAGACGACAUGGGAAAACUAGAAGAGGACAGUAAAGAACUUGAGGAAGACGACAUAGGAAAAUUGGAAGAAGAGGUCAGCAAAGAACUGGAAGAAGAGGACAGGAUAGAACUCGAGGAAGUAGAGGAACUGAACCUAGAUAUUUUGGAACUUUCUGUUUCGGAAUUCACAAAUGAAACCAGUUCCAUGGAUCUCGAAUCUGAAAACUGCGAAGCAGAGAGCAUCGAUGAGGUCCCCCUAGAGGAGCCACGAAAGGAAGAGGAAAACAUUCCCCCAAAACUGACAAAGGAAGUGAAAUUCGUUCAUGGAGACUUGUAUGAAUUCCCAAUAUCGAAGACUGAGAAACUCAUUUUACGCAAAAUUGGAAAAGAGGUCAGGGAAUUCACACAGUUCUACAACGUUCGCCUCGACCUUCCCGAAGACGACACCAAGGAAGUUGCCUAUUUGGAAGGCGCUGAAAAUCGUGUCCAAAUGGCCUUCCAGCACAUCCAAGAAAUCCUCGAAGAACACGAGAGAGAAGGAUAUAAUAUCGAUGCUGAAGACCUUGACAGUGAAGAGCCCGCCCCCCCUUCUGAGGAAUUGGUGCACGAGCCCGAAAUUGGAUUGAAUUUUGCCGCCAUCCUCAAGAAGGGUCCUCCAGAGAAAAAGAAAGAGAAGAAGCAAACUUUCUUCAUUGUGCAACGCAAAACUUUCCCCAUCAUGGAGGAAUGGCUCGAAGAGGACGACGAAGAAGAGGAUAUGGAAUUUGAAAGUGAUUUAGAAACUCGCGAGAAAGAUAACUGGGAGUUCGAGGAAGAUGAAAGUUUGAAGGAAGAUGGGAGUGAGGAAGAUUUGAAUGGAGUUUGA